UUACACGGGUAUGUUUGGGAGAAUACAUUAAAAUACAGGGACUGAGGUUAUAAAUUUAUUUAUUUUAUCUGAGUAGAUCGAUCUCUGAAGGGGGGGAGACAGAACACAGAAGAGCGAUAAAGUGAGAAACCCUAAGUCCGAUCCUUUGUAAAGCAGUGCUUGCUUGCUGCUUUUUAGAGAGAUUCGAGAAUGUAUGGAAGAUCUGGUCUCGACAGGUUUAAAAAGUCCCAAACUUUAGAACCCUUCUCUGUAUCAUCAUCACCAAACCCUCCUCCAGUAAAGAAGCCAGUGGUUCAACAACAUUUGUCUCCGAAGGAGGCGGCGCCAUUGCCGGAGAAGACUCAGAUUGGAGCAGGUCAAUCAACUUGGCAUCCACCUGAAUGGGCGAUUGAGCCUCGUCCCGGUGUCUACUCUCUAGAAGUUGUAAAAGACGGCCAGAUCCUUGAUCGGGUUCAUCUAGAUAGACGAAGACACAUCUUCGGUAGACAACACCAGACUUGUGACUUUGUUCUUGAUCACCAGUCUGUCUCUCGCCAGCAUGCAGCCGUUGUUCAUCACAAGAAUGGUAGCAUCUUUGUGAUUGACUUGGGAUCAGCUCACGGUACGUUUGUUGCUAAUGAGAGGUUGACUAAAAGUAAUCCUGUAGAGCUUGAAGUAGGACAAUCCUUACGGUUUGCUGCUUCUACAAGAAUCUAUCUUUUGAGAAAGAACAAGGAAGCUCUCUUUACUCGUCCUCCACCUCCUGAUCAGAUUAAGCUUCCUCCACCACCUGAUCCUUAUGAUGAGGAAGCUGUUGUUGCUUACAAUACUUUGCUGAAUCGGUACUGUUUAAGCGAUGGAGAGUUGGGUUGUACGUUAGGGAAAAGGAAAGAGAAGGCUGCUUCAGAAGAAGCGAGUGUGGCCAAGAGGAUGAAGAAAAUGAGAGUGAGCUUCAAGGAUCAGUUAGGUGGAGAGCUGGCUGAGGUUGUUGGGAUGUCAGAUGGAGCUGACGUGGAAACAGAGCCUGGUCCUAUAAAUGUCAAAGAAGGAAGUCUCGUUGGGAAGUAUGAAUCACUGGUGCAUGUCACACUGAUACCUAAAGGCCAAGGGAAGGGAGAUAAAUCUUUUACUACAGGAACCAGAGGUGUGACUGAUCGACUUCAGGAAGCGAUGACGUUGUUAAAAGGGGGUCCAAAAAGAGGGAUUUAUGAUGAUCUUUACGGUGGUGACUCACUCGCUAAGGCUGUUGGCACGUCAUGGGCUUCUGGUAGUGAACCAGUAGCUAAAGAUAAAGAAGAAACUGAAUGCAGAGGGGCUCGUGAAGAAGUUGAUACCGACGACCUGUUUGGUGACUGACUGACUGAUUUUGAACACGAGAGAUUUACGCAGCUUCUUCUUCUCUAAUGUCUACAUCCCAUUCCAGGGCAUUGAGUGAUAUGGAUUGGAGCUGAGUUUAGAUGAGUUGGUUGAGUUUGAUGCUUUGAAACAUGACUACAAGGUUGAUCAGCACUUGAAAAACCUGCGGAAGAAGAUAAGUCCAACCUCAGAAGAGCUGAAAUCCAGGUCUGUAUCUGUGAGGAAUGGAAGACUUACUUGAAUAAGCUUGUAUCAGAAGGACAAUAUUUUAGAGGUUGCUAUGAGAGACUACACCAUGAGUAUGUCGGGAAAUUUCAGGAUUUGAUGGGAAGGAACAUGGCUAGGCCUGGAGAACGUUGGUCAGAUACGUUGAUGAGACGGGCAGAGGAAGCAACGUUGGUGGUUACUCAGAGUAGAGAGGAGCAGCAGAGAGUAAUUGGAUUGGUAAGGAGAAAAGGGAGAGGAGGAAUCAGAAGAAGAUGAAGAAGUGAAAAAAUCUACAGAAGCUAGCUCAAGCCUUGAAGAGUUUUGCAGUUAAAAAAGAAAAACAAAAGGAUGAGAGCUUUGAAUGUGUUUGAUAAUGAAGUUGUGGUAUGUUAACUUAAACGUCUCUUUGUUUAACUUUGGAGCAUUUUUUACUGUUCAUUGUGAAUUGGAUGUUUCUAAGUAGGGCCAUUGCAAAUGGAGUGCAUUGGAUUUGACUAUUACUGACUUACAAAUUCUCUCCUCAAGGCAGACCAAUUCCAUCAGAAGAGGACGUUUGUACUCAAAUACCUCUCCUCUCAUUCUAUAUCACUUUUGCCUUUUUUUGCAUUAUUAAAAUAGCACACUAAUGAUGUGGGUUGACUUGCUCCUCCCCCACAUAAACAGAGAUUCCAUAGGGGAAAUGGACAACAAGUAAAACACUUGUAAAAAAAUGGUAAUCUGGCUCUGAUGCUUUAAAGUUGUGGGGGUGAAGUGGGAAGGUAUUGUCUGGGGAUCCAUGCAUCUUUGCUUUAUGAAAAAUACUAUAAAGAAGAAAGAAGCUAUAUGUGCUGCUACCAAAUUAAAACUCUCUUUUAAGUUAAGCCUAUCCCAACUCCUAACUCCUUAGUGUGGUCCAUUGUAAUUUAUCAUAAGAGUAAACUCGCUUGUAAUCAAUUCUAGUAGGGAAAAGGUGAAUGAAUGACCCACUUUUGUUU